AUGUUUUCUGAGUCAGAGCUGGUCUUUUUGGCCUUUGUUUUCAUCGUUACACUUGCCUGUUUCAUGUUGGGAAGAAGACGAAGAGACAUUCCUCCAGUAAGAAGGCCAAACAAGAAGAAACGCAAACGAAUAAACUGUAACCGUGAUGAAGUGAUGAAGAUGGCUUAACUGUUUUGUUUUUAAAAUAGCAAUUAAAUUUUCCGAUUCGCAUGUUUUGAGCAUUUUUUUUUGUAUGUACGCAUAGGGCUUUGUAGCAUAAAAGUAAGGGUCUAGUAAACGUAUUAGUGCAUUAUAACAUUUACUGACAGUUUUUGCCGGGUCAGUAAAUUGGCCAAUUGGAGACCGUAUGUUAUUGGCGGGGAAUCCCGGCCUAAUAAAAAUCGAGGCCUUCUAGGUUGUUUUCUAUUCACAUGGGCAAACUGGUCGCUUAUAAAAAGCAAAACUCAGUACUUGAAAUUUUCAUUACGGAAUCGCGUUUACCAUUUGCACAAAUUAGUUCUAUUUACCGAAAACGAAAAACAAACAAACAAACAAACACACAAAACAAAACAAGCGGGCUCUACGUUAAAUAUACUGACUGAAAUUGGAAGUGAAAGUGCGAGGUACAUCACACGCUUACUGGGUCAAACCGCUAAUUUUGGGAGUUCUUUCCGACUGGUUAUAAAAUUUAUAAACGAAAGCAAAUGGAACAGGCAAACUAAAAGAUUUCUCACCAACAAAAUCACGGCCGCGUAAGAUUCAAAGGUUUUCCCUGUAUAGGCAAUAACACCUGUAAAACAUUGUGAAGCUUUCUUUCUCACCUAACUUGAAUCCGCUUUAAUCUUAAGACGCGCGUGUUGCCCUUCGCGCCUUUAAAUGCUUAAUUUCAAGCAAAUAUAACACCUGCUGACAAGUACUGAAAUCGACAUACGGCCUGUGGCCUCGCUGACGUUAGAACUGAUAAUUUUUCUUGCAGUAAUAGCGUUACUUACAUCCUUCUCUCUGGCCAUUUUUUUUUUACUGCUAUCAUAUUGAUCAACUUGUCAAUAAAAAGAUGUAGCUAGCAACAGGUUAACACAACAAUAAAAUAAUAAGGGUUAAUGUUAGCUUCAUUUAAGUGAUGUAGGCGUCUUAAGUGAGCAUCAGAAUAAAGACCAAGGACUAAACGAAUAGAAAAAUAAAUUAAGAGAAUUUUCUCUUUGUUCUGAUCUUCUUUGCAUCCGUUUCUUCCAGGAUAAUUUAAAGAGAAACGUUUAAAGUGGCGCGUAUUGAGAGACAAGACAAUGACGGCCUCCUGCAGGAAUGAUAUUGGACCAAGUUUUUAAUUAAUUCGUUCUACAAACAAUUUAUAAAGCUUGAAAAUUAAACUUUCAUGGGUCACUAGACGUGGUAAAACUAAGCUGGAAAUUAAAAUUACUGGGCUCUCUAUCCGUUUCAGUAAAGUAUAAAAGAAUGAAAGCAGUGUACAAUAUCAUUAUGGCUUUCUUGGGUGACUUCUACUCAGCCGUGUUUAUUUUCUCCUUUUACAAGGACCAAGAUUCUUCUUUAAAGUUAACAAAACAGCAUUUCCGACUGAUGACCUUCUAUUGUCCUAUCUUGUAAGACAAUAAAAGCACGCCUUAGAUAUGCAUAUGCUGUUCUAAGCACAGCAUCUUCGGAGACCCAGGACAACUAUACACGUAUGUACUAUUAGUGUAGGAGUAUGUCAAAGUGAGACACAAUAUCCUCGGUUAUACGACUACAUGAGAAAUUUCUGCAAUUUGAUUGGUUUAGAGCGGUGGUAUUUCAGCUAGCUGAAAUAUCUACAUGUGAAAAUUACAAAACCUUUGCGGGUAGUAGUAUUUAAGCAAUAGAACACACUUUCCAUGGGUUUAAAUAACUUCAAGUUUUCUAUGAGUUUACCGGCACGAUAAACCAUAGGUUUUUAACCAAUCAGAACGAGCGCACUGCCUUAGUUAUUUUAUAAAAGCAAAUAAUAGCAUGAUUUGUACGUGAUAUAAUUUGGCAUAAAUACCACUCGUGAUAUUUCAAAAUUGUCUCAAAUUUCACUCGCCUAACGGCUCGGGAAAUACCCUGCCAGCAGCAGGCAGUUAGAAUUAUUUUUAGAAUUAUCCUUAAGUCUUCUACCAGCAUCAAAGCUUCUAUAUUGGCCCUUUUUUCAACUCCUCAUCGUCACCAUGUCAACCAUGAGAAUGAAGUUCUUAAAAAACGUCGAUUUGCAUGCGCAAGCUUCUCUGUAGUUUCGUUCGUGUUUCGAGCGUUGUUCUUCAAAAUGCGGGUCUGUUUAUAUAGCAGUUAACUGGAAAAUCAAAGAGAGCGCUUUACAUCAAAUAAAACUGAAUUUACUGAUUAGAGGAGAGAAUCACACGCUUACAAAGUCAACUCGGUAAGGUAAAUUGUUUAGUAUAUUAAAAUGAUCUAAACUUAAUGCUUUUAAGGAAAUUUCACGGUUAAAAUUUAUCUCGAUGACAAAUUCACGACCGCGAAAGAUGCAGAUAUUCUCCCUGCCCUUUCGUACACCUAGGACACCAAGUGGGAAGGCUGGGUGGCCUUCUUGACUUCAAUUCGUUUCAUAAAUCUUCUCACGUGUUGCCCAUUAGCGCCCCUUCAAUGCUUAACGACAAAAUACUUCAGUCAGUUGCAUGACCAGUUGGCAUGCGCUGAAAUUAUCAAGUGGUUUUAAAACAGACAAAGAAUAAGCGUCAAACUGUGAAAGUGUUUCAACUCUCCGGCUAACGAAUAGGCUGCGACAGGGUCAACAAAAUUCAAAGUAGCGAUUGAAGUUGUUUGCCUUAAAAAAUGACGAAGUAGAUACGCUUGUCAACCAGUACGACUGAGUAAAUGCGAUGUUAUUUUUGCUUAUUUCAGUCCCCGUUGCCGUUUAUUUUUUUCUUCUUGACAUAGAAAGUGAUGAAGAUGGCUUAACUGUCUUGUUUAAAAUAUCAAUUUAAGUUUUCGAUUUGCAUGUUUGCGCAUUUUGUUUGCAUGUAUCGCAUAUCGCACUUUAAACAAUGCAUUCGAACAUUUAAUGACAGCUCUUCACGGGUCAGUUAUCAAGCCAAUCGAAGACUGUAUGUUAUUGGCGGGGAAUCCCCUGAUAAAAAUAGAGGCCUUACAGGUUGUUUUCUAUUCACAUGGGCAAUUGUCAAAUGGAAAGCAAAACUCAGGACUUGAAUAUUUCAUCACGGAAUCGCUUUUACUAUUUGCACAAAUUAGUUUCAUUUAAUUACCGAAAACGGCUGCGAAAAGGAAAAAACAAACAAACAAAAACAACAAACACAAAACAAAGCUUUACAUUAAAUAAACUGACGGAAAUCUAUCUGAGGCGAAAGUGGGAAGUACAUCACACGCUUACUGGGUCAAACCGAUAAUUUUUGGAAUAACUUUCCGACUGGUUAUAAAAUUGUUUACCAAAUGAAAGUAAACUGAAUCAAAUGGCACAGGCAUAGUAAAAGAUUUCUCACCGAUAAAAUCACGGCCGCGUAAGAUUAUUUUCUCCGUAAUACCUGUAAAACACUAGUACGCGCGUGUUGCCCGUCGCGCCUUUAAAUGCCUGAAAAGUCAUUUCAGGCAACUUCAUUCCUCUGUUCUUGAGUGCUCGGAAAUUGAUGGUCUCAACGUGACCAAGCUGAACUGAUCAUAGACAUAAGAAAGACACAUGAAGUACUUCAGUAAGAAAUUACAGAGGAAUGAACUCAUCAAUAAUCGCUACAGAACUGUUAAUGUAUUCAGAGACAUCUAACUUUUUCAGUUCACUUUUGAAAAUGAUUUAAUAAUAAAAUUUACCGCCUUUGUGAAAAAUUUUAAAGUGAAAUUGACAUUAACUGAAUGGAAAAGAAAAACGAUUGUGUUAGUGACAAUGCGCCAUUGGUAGUUUCACAGUAUUUAACUGCUUAGCUUACAUGUGAGGAAAUUAACAAAGAAAUGAACAUAGGAAACCAGAAACUCAAAAGGGGUUGUUCAACGCCUUAUGAGUUUCUGAGGAAACCUUGGCUUUAGGCCCCUUCCGCAUGUUCCCAUAUCUUUUGAAAAAGUAUAUUUUUUUCGUUUAAAACAAACUCGCUCCACACUUUUAGUUUUGAAACCGUUUUAGUCUCCCUAAUGCAAAUAUCCGUUUCCAUUUUUACGAUAGGUUUUAAAUGAUUCUAAAAUUCUUCUUUUCUUUUAAAAUCAAUGUUUGGUCAUUAAAGUAGUGUCGCCAAGCACUCGUGAGUAAAUAUUUGACCGUGAGAUAGAUAGCUGUUUUAAGCCACACGAGACAGGUGUAUAACCCGACGCGGAUAUACAUUAUUUAUCAUCCCCGCAUGAAUAAUUAACAAGUGUUGCCCCUUUACAAGGUGCACAGCAACACUCCACAGAGUCGUGUGCCGGCUUAUAAGAGAUCAUAAGUUCGAAUAGAAUGUUUUCUGAGUCAGAGUUCGCCUUCUUGGCCUUCCUGGCCUUUUUUUCCUUUGCCAUCGUUUUCCUAGGCUGCAUAAUGCUGGGAAGGGGACGAAUUGAUAGUUCAGCAGGAAGAAGACCAGAUGAGAAGAAAAUUAAAAGAGUGACACGCUACUAUUGUCGUGACAGUCAGCACAAGAAAAGGCGAAGGCCAGAGGAAAACGACGACGACGAACCUUACAAUCGUCGCGGCACAUUAUUCAGA